GGGGGUGCGUUUUUGAACACUCGGAAAAAGGAGCAUUUAGGUAGCAGUAGCGCACACAACAAUGGACAACGGUCCUUUUUGUACGUCAAGCAAUUUUAGUGAAACAGAGAAAAGACUAUGUGAUAAUUCUUCAGUCGAGGUAGAAAAUGGGCUAGAAGACGCUUUUGGCGAACUGACUGUCCUUCCUGUAGAAACCGAAGACAGAAGACCAACGUGCUUACGGUGCCGCCGUCCUGAGAAGGUUUGUCUCUGUCCCUUUCUUCCACACCAACCCCUUGAUGUGUCCACGUGUUUAUAUAUUGUGCAGCACCCAAAUGAAGAAAGCAGAGUUCUUCGCACUGUGCCUCUUCUUGCUGCAUGUUUGCCUCAGGAUAAAUGUAAUGUGAUUGUAGGAAGAAGAUUCAGUGAGGAAAGAUAUCCAGAUUUGGCUGCAGUUUGUGAAGACAACAAAACACUAAUCCUGUACCCGGGACCAAACGCUCAGAACCUGGAGGAACUUGAUGAAGAGAAACUUAAUACACAACAUAAUGUUAUUCUCAUUGAUGGUACUUGGAGCCAGGCCAAAAACAUGUUCCUCAAAAAUCCUAUGUUCCAUUUGCCCAAACAGAUACAGCUCAACAGAGUCCUCUCAAGUCAAUACGUUAUUCGGACUCAGCCUUCUAAUAUUUGUCUCUCUACACUGGAAUGUGCUGCUGUCACUUUGUCUAUCCUUGAACAGAAUGAUAAUAUUCAAGAGGUCCUGUUGAGGCCAUUAAGAGCCCUGUGUUCUUUUCAGUUGCAACAUGGUGCACAGAUUCAUCACAGUAAGGAACAUCUUCUUAAGACUGGCAUGUAUGACAAACCUAUGCCUAAGAACAAACGCAAGAUAAAAAGGAUGGAAAAACUUGUCAGUGAUCGGCAUAUUUGUCCCAGAUGACACAAGAGUGAAGAAUGCCAUACUCAUCUAAUUAAUAUAUUUUCAAGUUGUUUUUUUGUUGUUUUUUUGUUGUUGUUUUUUUCCUUUUAUUGUUUUAUUUUCAUUUUUACAGAAACCAGAUUGAUAAACACAUACCCAUUAAGGCUGUAUGUGUAUCAGGUUUUAUAUUUAUUAUAAUUAACAGUGCCUUUUAUGGGUUGUCCUAUCACCAAAGAAAUACAUCUGAGUUCUUCAGUAUCCAACACAUGCGUAGGCCAGGGUUCACCUCAGCUGUGUUGUAUAGUCAUGUAUGUAUGAUGCACAUGGGGGCUGGUUCAGUGUGGACGGUUUAAAUGUUAAAAUAUUUCUCACGUGUCUACCUUGGUUUCUUACGUAAAAUAAACAUUUUGAAUCAAAUGCA